ACUUCAGCUUAAUUACGGUUUACCCAAAUUUCGAGAGAGAGAAAUCAGAGACGAACAGGGACGAAAUACGGAUGAAAAGGGGUUAGUAGGAGCAAUUGGCAAGAGACGUUCUGAUUCUUGGUUCAAGUGGAAGAACAUUUUUGAUUUUUGGUUCAAGUGGAAGGACGUGACGCCAGGACUAUGAAGGUGGAAUUUUCAAUGUAGGUUUCGAGACAAUAUGUUAUCUAUCUCAAAGUUUACGUGGUGAGACUAUGGAGUGGCUCUUGGCAAUUGUUGCAGCAAUCAUAUGGAGAAUAAGGGUUCGCUUUCUCAUAGCCGUUCCGAGAACAACGGUUCUGGUAAUUGUAAUGGAGUACAGAGUUUGAAGCGGAGAAAGAUAAUCGAGCAGAAAAAAGUCACCGAUCAACUCAUUGAGGUCGCUUGCGCCCAGAAAGACCAUCUUUCACCCUUUCCGUCAUUGCGCCACUACAACCGCGGCGGUCUAUCUUUAUACCUGCAAUCAGGCCGUGGCAAUAAGCUUUCUUGUUCUGUUAAGAAAUACAUUCAAAAUCUCCUCAAGAUCAAUAUGGAGGGGCCAUAUGGAUCUCAAUGGCCAACUGAAGAGAAGGUGAAGCACAGGGAAAUGGUUUCAACACAAGCACGUUAUAUAUUUGUGCACGAGGCUUCACAUGCUAAUGCCAAUGGGAAGCCUUCAAAAUCAGAUGCAGAGAAGACAAGUACAACUCUAAAUAAGAAGGAUCCCAUGGUUGCAUUUGUACACUUUCGAUUUAUUAUAGAAGAAAUGAUACCUGUGCUAUAUGUGUAUGAGCUGCAGAUUGAGCCUCGUUUCCAAGGAAGAGGAUUGGGGACUUUCUUAAUGGAAUUAAUUGAGCUUAUUGCUUGCAAGAACUGCAUGGGUGCGGUGGUUUUCACUGUUCAAAAAGCAAACUUCAAAGCUUUGAAUUUCUACCGAAACAGGCUGCGAUAUACCAUUUCAUCUAUUUCACCCUCACGUGCUAAUUCAUUGAUGGCAAUUGAUGCAAGCUAUGAAAUUCUCUGCAAAGCAUUUAAUGAAGAAGCUAAAGCUGUUUUGGAGCAGAACGUUCCACUUCCCUUUGUUGACAAGAGAUUGUGUAGUGGAAUCAGUCUAAUAAGUUCUGUAAUUGAAGUCCCCAAUCCAAAUCAUCCGCUGCAUUCAAAUGGUUACUGGAUCAUUUGCGAACCAAUGAAUUAAAGCGUGAUAUUAGUUAUGUACUCGUUAUGCUAAAGUUUUGAAGAAGCCCCUUUCGUUGCAUGCAGUGCCAAGGCAUGGUGUUUCAUGAUUCACUGCUUUUCUUUUAAUGCACCAGCCCAUGUAAAUUAAUCGCAUAUCAUUAUUUCUCUUCGCGGGAAAUAGCUACACUGCUUUACUUUCCAGACAACCCAUGAUGCCACGCACACACAAGAAACACUUAGGGGAGCAUACCGAACCACUGGAAUAGGCCUUCUUGGCAUGCCUUUUGAUGAAGCUUUGUUUGUUGUUUUGUUGCUAACAGGGGUCAGCAAUCUCUCGUUCAGAGUUGUUCUAAUUACAGAAUUCCACCUCCCUGAAUCCUUCUUGUUAUCGUCAAUUAGGACGUUUCAAGCAUUCAGAGGUGGAAAGCAAAAUAUUGUAGGAUUGCUACAGCAAAGCUGUAGCAUCUUGAGCUGGAGAAAAUAGCAUAAAAAUGGCGUGGACUCAUUGGCAACUCAUUUAAAACAGAAAAUGAAAAGAAAAAAAGAAUGGAAUCUGAAAAAAGGAGGAGAAGCCGAUUUGAGAGGAAGAAGAACAACAAAGAAUUGGUGCAGAAGAAGAAGUGAAAGCUGAAACACAACUUUGCUGCAACAUUUAGUACCUCAAAACUUCCCUUUCUUCUAUUCUUAGAUUACACUUUAGCUUGUAGUUUUUUUUUUUUUUUUUGAGAGUUCUAUUUGUUGUUCUAGGAUUAUUGUAGCUUUGAUUCUCUGUGUUUAAGGUCUAAUUUUAAUGAAACUCUGAUGUUCUGUUGAAUCUCUUUUGAAUGAAUAGUAGAGAUUUUGAAUGAA